GAAAAGGCGUCUUCGCCAUUGAGUGACAGCAGCAUCGACCAGUAGUUGCACUCUUAGCGGCCACCAGAGCUUCCUUACAGCAAGGUCAGCGGCUGCUGUCAGGAGCCCAUGUUUCUGCAUCCUGCCCUCUUCAGCCGUAGUCUUUGCACUAUGAAGAGCAAGAAACUUCCUAAUGAAGUUCUGACCAAUGUGGCAGAACAGCAGUGCCGUCAGAUCCUGGUCAAGAACUCUCUGCCACAGAAGGUGUCAGCGGGUGUUCUAGUGACAUUAUGCAACUCUGGAGGUGCUCCUGCCUUUCUCUACACCCUGCGGUCCUCCAAGCUGAAAGGGAGACAUAAGGGAGAUGUAAGUUUCCCAGGUGGCAAAUGUGAUGUAUCAGAUAAAGAUGUGAUAGAUACAGCAUUAAGGGAAGCACAGGAGGAACUUGGGGUAACACUGCCUCGCAACACAGUAUGGGGCCCAAUGAAGCCAAUCACGGACUGGACAGGCAUGGUUAUAGUACCAGUCCUAGCAAAUAUAGGAUGUCUGGAAGAUCUGUCAGUGAAUCCCAAUCCAGAAGAGGUGGAAAUGCUCCUCACGCUACCACUUUCACUGGCAUGUACAAGCUCUAUUCGUGGUUACACUUGUUUCCGCCAGCAUGGGCGCUAUACCUACACUCUACCAGUCUUUCAGGUCUCAGGAUACAAGGUGUGGGGGCUCACAGCCAUGAUGACAGACUCUGCCCUUUCGCUAUUGUUCCCUGGCUCCUAUCACAGUGUCCUCUGUGGCUCUCGAACUCACUGACUACCUCCUUUACCAAUAAAAAAAAACCUUAAAGCUG